AUGGCGAGCAAUAUCACUUUACCACCAUCAUGGAAGAGGGUGAACAGCAAAAGUGUAUUAGAGUGGGACUCAAGUGAGCAGAAUGUGUUUGAGAAAAGGUUAGGCAUCCACGUGAAGAUGUUGGUGGAUGCGAGCAGGCAAAUUCCUCACAAAAAUAUAGCUCCUUUCCAUAGUACAUGGAAAUUCACAGAGGUAUUAAAUUCAAUAACGCCAAUAAAGUAUUCAAAGCACUUUAUGGUAUCUGCGUUUAUAGACCAUCGAAUUCAUGGUGUAAUUCGGGUCAUCAGCAUAAUCAACAGAGACAGUCUUCAGCCACUUUACUGUGUCUACUGCAGCACUGAACAUGACUGUGAAACUGUUAAGGCCAAAGUCCAGAUACACAGUGACCAUUUUAAUUUUCCCUUUCAUGUAUCAGAUGUUAUUUGUGAUGGAAAACACUCGCAAAGUGCAACACACGUCCUCAUCUCAACUAGUGGUUCCACUAACAAUGACAUGAAGUAUCUGCCUAUCGAAAAUCAAAUGAUAAGAAAGAAUUUUAAGUUCAACUUCACAGUUUGCAUCUCCAACCUUUUUGGCAACUACAAUAAUGUACUGCAGUUUGCACAAACUAUUGAGAUGUACAAGCUUCUGGGCAUACAGCGAGUGGUAAUCUAUAACACUAGUUGUGGACCAGACCUGGAAAAGCUCCUACAGCACUAUGAAAGAGAGGGAAUACUGGAGGUUGUUUCAUGGCCUAUUGACCAAUUCCUUAACCCGUCCUCAGGUUGGAACUUCAAAGAACACAAGGGUGAUCUCCACUAUUACGGCCAGUUGACAACACUCAAUGAGUGCAUAUACAGGCACAUGUAUCAAUCCAAGUAUGUUCUCCUGAUUGACAUUGAUGAGAUCAUCAUGCCUUACAAGCAUGCCGAUUUGCCUUCUCUUAUGGAGGACCUUCAGUCUGCACAUCCCGAUGUAGGUGUGUUCCUUAUUGAGAACCACAUAUUCCCCAAAACACAGUUUGAGGACAGUGGAAAGUACAAACGGCCAGAAUGGAAAGAUGUGCCUGGAAUUAAUAUCAUGGAGCACAUUUACAGAGAACCUGAUCGAAAGAAUGUUUACAAUCCCACAAAGAUGAUUGUUGACCCAAGGAAGGUGGAGCAAACCUCAGUGCAUGUCCCCUUGAAAAGCAUUGGAGGUAAUUACCGUGUACCUUUUCAUGUGUGUAGAAUUGUACAUGUAAGAGUUCCUCUGCAGGGGCAUCUUACAAAAGAGGAACUGACUGUGGACACAAGAGUGUGGGACUUUGGUCAAGAAAUGAUACAGAAUGUUGACCAGACUUUGAAACAUUCAGGUUUACUGAGGAUUUCCCAGAUGACAUGA